AAAGAGAAAGAAUAAAAAGUGUUAAAAUGAGUGAGAGUGUAAUUAAUUAUCGACAGGGGUUGUUGGGCCUUUUGAAAAAGGUGAAGGGGAUGCAGCUGGACAAAAUACAGGAGGAGGAGGAGCGGGCCCCUACAUCGGAGGACAAGGAUAGGAUGGAAAAAUUAUUUAUAUGCAUCCAACUUCGUAAUGUGUUGGGGGGACUCAGUGGGGGAAGAGGAUUUUUUGUUGCGUAUGAUGAGUGGAGGGUGGCUCCCGAUCGAGAAGACGAUCGGGUGCCAUGGGGAUUGGACCCGAUUCUAAAGAGUUGUAGCCCCCGAAAACGAUAUACCCGGUGUCAGUGGUACCAGGAGUAUUUCUGGUGCGAGAGGAACCGAGUCUACAUCUGUCGAGGUUUUUGGGCGACUCCUGGGUUUGCCGAUCCCUCGGUUGUAAGGGAUGCAGCGCAGCGGGGGACGUGA